UCUCUUCCUUUUAUUUUCCCCAACCCCGGUACCUCAUCUUCCCCGUGUUUUAACGCAGCCACAACACCAAUGAAUCCACCCCUCCCCGAUGCGUUCGUCCUCCUCUGCCCCAUAAUCCUCCUUCCCCACGCCUCACUCUAUCCGUUGCCCCUCUUCUUCUGUGAUUGCCGACGCCGGUAAGCUCUCUCUCUCUCUCUCUCUCUCCCUCUCCCUCUAACUGCUAAUCUCGUUCUCUCUCUCCGCCGUGGGUGCUGCCGGAAUCCGCACCGCCACACCAAGCCUCGAUUUUUUUUCCUAGCCCCAUUUUUCUUCCUCUAUCCUCUACACCUCCGCUCAUCGUACAGCGUCCAGCGCUGCUGCUGCCUCCCUUCGAUUUUCGAUACCGGUAGCGUCUAGGUGUUAGGCUGAUCUCGGUGACAACCGAAGGCCAUUGGAGCCAGCGUGACCCCUGCACGCAGUCCAACCCUAUCGACUCUUACGACGUCGCCGUCACGUAGUAAUAACAGUGCUACGCCGUAAUUACUGGAGCCUCCAUCGUUGUUCUGCCCUGCCGUGGUCAACCCGCGCAGUUCCUUCACCGAGUCCAGUCGAACAUCGCUUCAAUAUUAGUGAGGUGACGAUCAAUUUUGCUUGACACGGUUGUGAGGAUUUUCAGAAAAAUUGAAGAGUCAGUGUUGUCAAUACAAGAUGGCGUAUGAGUCGGGUAGCCCUUCCCAAGAUGGAAGGGACGAAGAUGAUGAGGAAGAAUACGAGGACGUUGGUGGGGGUAACCGGUUAUUGGGAUUUAUGUUUGGAAAUGUUGAUAACUCUGGAGAUCUUGAUGUUGAUUACCUUGAUGAGGAUGCAAAAGAGCAUCUUGCUGCACUAGCUGACAAGUUGGGUCCCUCUCUGACAGAUAUAGAUUUGUCAGUAAGAUCACCACGCACACAAGGUGAUGCUGCUGAACAAGAUUAUGAUGAGAAGGCUGAAGAUGCAAUUGAUUAUGAAGAUAUCGAUGAACAAUAUGAGGGUCCGGAGAUUCAAGCUCCUACUGAGGAGGACCAUUUGUUGCCCAAAAAGGAGUACUUUUCUGCUGAUGUUUCUCUUGCUAGUUUGAAGCCUACAUCUGUGUUUGACGAUGAAAAUUAUGAUGAGGAGCUUGAACAGGAACUCGAGAUGGUGGAAAAUAAUUUUCAAGUUCAAACUAUAUCAGGUGAGCAGGGUGAAUGUCCUGCUUCAGGUGAGCAGGGUGAAUGUCCUUUGUUGGCUUCUGAAGUAGAGAAAUCUCUUGAGGAUAAUAUACAAGUUGGCUCUCUAGAUGCUGAAGAUUUGGACGUUGAUGUAGAAGAGUUUCAGCAGGAAGUGCCUCAAAACCAGGAGAGGUCAGGCUCUGCACCAUUGCCUGUUUUGUGUAUCGAGAAUGGGAUGGUGAUCUUACGGUUCUCUGAAAUUUUUGGUAUUCAUGAGUCCUUGAAGAAGGGGGAGAAGAGAGACUAUAGGUAUUCGAUCCCCAAAGAUAGGUUUAAAUCUAUGGACAUGUCUGAUAUUGUUGAAGAGGAUGAGGAGGCAUUUUUAAAGGACGCUGGUCAAGGAUAUUCAUUUAUGAAACAGACACAUGCAAUGGAACAUGAACUCUCAGCUCUUUACGAGGAUGACCAAGAGGAUGCAACCUUUGGUGUUCUGCAAGGGGCUGCCUCAUUGGCUUCAGAAGAUGAUAGGCAAAGAAAAAACUCUUGUCUGAGUGCAGAACCAAUGAAAGAGGAUGUCGUGGGAUAUGUUUCUACUGGACUGCAGUCACCACGGUAUUCUGGGUUUUACCCUCUUGAUCUGCAAGACUGGGAAGAGGGAAUUAUUUGGGACAGUUCUCCUGUAGUGAGUGACAAUUCUGUGGGAAGUGAAAUUUCUGGACAUGAUGUAGAAGCUUCAGUUGUCAUUGAAGCAGAACCUGAGACAGGGCCACCAAACCAUGGGUCAGAACUCCUUGUGGAACCUGAUGAGAAUAAUCACCAGCAUUUACAUUGUAGCUUUCCUAAUUUAUUGGAGCCCUUAGGCUCAAUAAAUUCUAUGGGACAUACAGACAUUCCAUACUCAUCGAGCAGAUACCAUCCACAACUUCUGAGGUUAGAAUCCCGCCUGGAAGUGGAUGUUCUUAACAAUGCAGAUGGUAGGAAGGAGAAUUUUGGUGAGGAACUUCACCGAAGUGAUGGUUUAAGGCGUUUUAGCAAACUCACAUCCGAAUAUAGAGACAUGUUGGAAGCGUCUUGGUUAGACAAAAUAGUAUGGGAGACAGAUAGGCCCAUUGAGAAACCAAAGCUUAUUCUUGAUCUUCAAGAUGAGCAAAUGCUUUUUGAGAUUUUGGAUACCAAGGAUGCUAAACAUCUUGGGCUUCAUGCAGGUGCUAUGAUUAUAACUCGUUCGAUAAAGUCAAGGAAUGGGGACUCUUUGGAGCAACUUGGUCAUGGAAGCCAAUCUGGUUGGAGAUAUGUUGCUAAUGACAAACACUAUUCAAACAGAAAAACUUCUCAGAAAAUCAAAUCCAAUUCCAAAAAGCGCACAGCUCAUGGUGUCAAAGUUUUUCAUUCACAACCUGCACUUAUGAUGCAGACGAUGAAGCUGAAAUUGAGCAACAAAGAGCUAGCUAAUUUGCAUCGACCAAAAGCUUUGUGGUAUCCCCACGACAAUAAGGUGGCCGUCAAAGAACAAGGGAAGUUGCCUACCAAAGGACCCAUGAAAAUUAUAGUGAAGAGCUUGGGUGGCAAAGGAUGCAAACUUCAUGUGGAUGCUGAGGAAAUCAUCUCUUCUGUUAAAGCAAAAGCUUCAAAAAAGCUAGAUUUCAAGCAAUCCGAAGUGGUAAAGUUAUUUUACUUGGGAAAGGAGCUCGAUGACCUUAGUUCUCUUGCUUCCCAAAAUGUCAAAGCGAACUCUUUGAUUCAUCUUGUUCGUACAAAAGUACAUUUGUUGCCAAGGGCACAUAAGUUGCCUGGCGAGAAAAAAUCUUUACGGCCUCCCGGGGCAUUCAAGAAGAAAUCCGAACUCUCUGCGAAAGAUGGUCAUGUCUUCCUAAUGGAGUAUUGUGAGGAAAGACCUUUACUGUUGAGCAAUGUUGGGAUGGGUGCAAGACUUUGCACUUAUUAUCAGAAGUCUGCCCCAGAUGAUCAAACUGGCUCUGCGUUGCGCAAUGGAAAUGGAAGCGACAGCUUGGGGCAUGUCAUUGCACUAGAUCCUGCUGAUAAAUCCCCUUUCCUUGGAGAUAUAAAACCUGGUUAUAGCCAGUCAUCUCUUGAAACAAACAUGUAUAGAGCACCCGUAUUUCCCCACAAGGUGCCGUCAACUGACUAUCUGUUGGUUCGUUCUGCAAAGGGAAAACUUUCCAUCAGGCGCAUAGACCGGAUUGAUGUUGUUGGACAACAGGAACCGCUCAUGGAGGUGAUGUCUCCUGGAUCCAAGGCCCUUCAGACUUACAUGAUAAACAGGCUAUUGGUGUACAUGGCCCGUGAGUUUCGUACUGCUGAAAAGGGUCAUUUGCUCCCCUGCAUCCGUGCAGAUGAGUUACCUGGACAGUUUCCAUACAUAUCCGAAACCAUUAUUCGGAAGAAAUUGAAGGAGCAUGCUAAUUUACAGAAGGGACCAAAUGGUCAGUGGAUUUGGGUUAAGAAGCGCAAUUUUCGCAUUUGGUCGGAGGAUGAAUUGAAAGAGAAAGUGAAACCUGAAGAUGUUUGUGCCUAUGAAAGCAUGCAAGCUGGUAUCUACCGGCUCAAACAUCUGGGAAUAUCAGGGGUAUUGCCUACUUCUAUUUCAUCUGCAAUGAGUCGGCUCCCUUAUGAAGCUAUAAUUCUGGCUGCUGCAUCACACAUUGAGAGGGAGCUCCAGAUAACUCCAUGGAACUUGAGUAGCAAUUUUUUUACCUGUGUAAUUCAGGGCAAAGAAAAUAUUGAGCGUUUAGAAAUUACUGGAGUUGGUGAUCCUUCUGGUCGUGGCCUAGGCUUUAGCUAUGUUCGUACUGCUACAAAGGCACCAAUGCCAAGUGCAAUGAUGAAGAAGAAAGCAGCUGCUGGUCGAGGAGGCCCAACUGUUACCGGAACAGAUGCUGAUCUUCGUAGAUUGAGCAUGGAGGCUGCACGAGAGGUUCUUUUGAAGUUCGAUGUUUGUGAGGAAGAGAUUGCAAAACUGACUAGGUGGCAUCGAAUUGCUAUGAUACGCAAGCUUUCUAGCGAGCAAGCUGCAUCUGGGGUACAGAUUGAUCCCACAACAAUCAGCAAAUAUGCACGUGGCCAGCGAAUGUCCUUUCUUCAAUUGCAGCAGCAGACAAGAGAGAAAUGUCAGGAAAUUUGGGAUCGACAAGCUCAGAGUCUUUCUGCCUUAGAUCAUGAUAAUGAGAGUGACUCUGAGGGAAAUAGUGAUUUGGAUUCCUUUGCUGGGGAUUUAGAGAAUCUUCUUGAUGCAGAGGAAUGUGAAGAAGAAGUAGGGAACCAUGAAUCCAAGUAUGACAAAGCAGAUGGUGUUAAGGGGCUUAAAAUGAGAAGGCGCCCAUCCUUAGCUCAGGCAGAAGAGGAAAUGGAAGAUGAGGCAGCUGAAGCAGCUGAAUUAUGCAGGUUACUCAUGGAUGACAAUGAUGGUGUGAGGAGGAAGAAGAAAAAGACAGGAGUUGUAAGGGAGGAAGAAGGCUUGGCUUUGGGCUCACAACCAAGUUUUAGUUUUGAGAAUACAGAUCGGAUCAAGAAAAUCAUUGGUACCACCCAACCCGAUGGUUCCUAUACUUCAAAGGAGAAUUUAAUUAAAGAUAUAAAGGAGGCUGAAAAUGUUCUAAUGAAAAGAAGCAAGUAUGGAAAGGUGAAAGCAACGAAAAAGAAUGAUAUCACAAAUGUAGGUCUAGUCAGUAAGAAACUUAAAAUAUCGGGAGAUAAAGUCAAGGUCUUUAAGGAGAAGAAGUCAGCAAGAGAGAGUUUCGUGUGUGGGGCAUGUGGUCAGCUUGGACAUAUGAGGACAAACAAAAACUGCCCCAAGUAUGGGGAGGAUCUAGAAGCAAACCUUGAAACUGCUGAUCAUGAAAAGGCAUCCAUAAAGUUAAAAUCUCUGGAUCCCUCUAGUCAGUCUCAGCAGAAACCUCAGACAAAGAAGCUCAUUGCAAAAAGUGCCACAAAAAUUGCUGUGGUUGAAGCUCCGGAGGGCGAAAAAUCUAGUUUGAAGGCAAAAGUUCUUCCGGUGAAGUUCAAAUGUGGUUCCAUCGACAAGCUUUCUGAUAAUCUCGCUGCAGAAGUGGCACUGAGUACAGACCAGCCAGUUGCUUCCAAUUCUGAAACUGGGAAGUCCAUUGUCAAGGUUAACAAAAUAAUAAUUCCCGGCAAGAUGAAACCUGACGAUGUAGAGACUCCUAAGCCCUCUAUUGUAAUACGACCACCGACAAAUACAGCUAAAGAUCAGCCAGAAUCUCACAAACGCUCUGUUGUGAUACGGACACCAACAGAAACAGAUAGGGAGCAACCUCAGAAGAAGAUCAUAAUCAAGCGGCCUAAAGAGAUUAUUAUUGAUGUGGACCAGGUCAGUCAGGAUGGAAGUACUGGCAUUGAGUACAGGAAAACUAAAAGAAUAGUUGAAUUGUCCAAUAUUGAGAAGCAUAGAAAGCAGGAGAAUAUUUAUUUGGCCGAGGAAUCGGCAAAAAGGAAAGCUAGAGAGGAUAGAAGAUGGCGGGAAGAACAUGAGAAGCAGAGAAAUGAAGAUAGAAUAAGAGAGGACAGGGCAAGAAGGCUUUAUGAGGAUGAAAUGAUGCUAGAACAAGGAAAGUUAGCUGAGAUUAAAAGAUAUGAAGCAGCAAUCAGAAGAGAGAGGGAGGAAGAAGAAAGACAGAAAGCAAAAAAGAAGAAAAAGAAGAAGAAAAGACCUGAAAUAAAAGUGGAGUAUUUAGAGGACCCCAGAACAAGAAGAAAUGACAAAAGGAUGCCAGAGAGAGACCGGAGCGUAAAAAGGAGGCCUGUUGUUGAGCUGGGAAGGGAUGUUGCAGAGUUUGCCCCAUCAACAAAGCGCCGUAGGGGAGGAGAGGUUGGUUUGGCAAACAUCUUGGAGCGCGUAGUGGAGACCCUCAGAGAGAGGUACGAGGUGUCAUAUCUUUUCCUAAAACCAGUUUCCAAAAAGGAAGCUCCUGAUUACCACGACAUCAUUAAGCGCCCCAUGGACCUGGCCACAAUCAAGGAGAAGGUGCGGAAGAUGGAAUACAAGAGCCGGGAGGAUUUCCGGCAUGAUGUGUGGCAGAUCACAUACAAUGCCCACAAAUACAAUGAUGGGCGCAAUCCAGGAAUUCCUCCCCUUGCAGAUCAGCUUUUGGAGCUUUGCGAUUAUUUAUUAAUUGAGAACGAUGAAAGUUUGACCGAAGCUGAAGCUGGUAUCGAGUACAGGGAUUAGGUAAUAUUGAUAUUAACUCUUAGAUUAGGUAAUAUUGAGUACAGGAAUUAUUUCCUGGAAGCCCCCACUUUGGUGGAUCAAUUUUUAGUGCCUGGGGGUUUUCAUGGUUUGUAGAUUACCAUACCUCAAUUGCAUCGUUGGAAAGGAUCUGAAAAGAGAGAAUGAAUUACUUCCCCUGUUCAUAUGUGUACAUAUAUAUAGGUUAGAACAGUUAAUCAGCAGCAACAUGAAAGAAGGCUUCAGAGUUGUAUUAUGGAAAAUCAAUUUGUUUGUGAUGUACAUCGAACCACUAACUCAAGAGAUUCGGGCAGCUGUUUCCACUGUUAACUGUCACAGCUAGGGGAGUAUUCUACCAAAGUAAUUAUGAGCAAUCUAAUAUAUCUGUUA